UCUUUAUGAAACAGGGCUGCAUUUCUAAGUAUCGACGAAAGUCUUCCACGCGUAAAUUUUCAGCAUCGAAGGAAAGAAGGGAGAUUAGUUCAGACCCGAAAAGUACAACAAAAGGGUUUGGUAUUAAAGUUAAGAAUAACUCUACUUAUUCAAAAUACUCCUUAAAAAUGAAGCAGAAGACAAGUGGUCCUCUUCAGGUAAUUGGUACGAAACAUAAGAAAUGUCGAGGAAAGCUCCAUCCAAAAGGAGUUAAUAUUACUAUUGAAAGAGAAAAUUUUAACCCAAAUCUUAUUGAAAAAUUUGAUAGUUGUAGCUCGUUAGACUCUAAGAAGAGGUCUUCUUCAUCAACACUUUCUCGACAAACAGGAUCUUCCCAGUACCCGAUGCAAGAGAUGGUAGAGAAUAUGAAAUAGGGAAAUAUCUCAUGCCUAUAGGAAAGCUAAACGAACCAAGUACCAAAAGCAACCCAAAAAGGGUGACUUCGAGAUUUUACUCCAACAGAACAAUAGCCUAACCCAAAAAUUACUCGAAGCCAACUGGGAAAUAGAGAACAAGAAGAAAGAGAAUCGUGAACUUAACCAACAACUAGAAAAUUUCAAAACAGCUCAGGCUGAAAUCCUCCAAGAAAAGCUAAAACAGAUUGACACCUUAAAGAAACAUCUGCUCAAGGUCUCUGAAGAUGCUAAGAAGAAACGGAAGGAUAUGCAUGAAGAAGACUCAGAGAUAUUUAAUUAUAAGCUGGAAUUGGAGAAAUAUAAAGAGACUAAUUUUACACUUCAAUGAAGGUUGGAUACCAACCUUGACCGGUUUAAACAAUCUGAGAGAGAAGUCACUGACUUGAGGUGGGAGAAUAGAGACUUAAAGAAAAAAAUCAUAAUGCUUGAAGAAGAUAAUAUUAAGAUGCAAGUGAGAAUUGAUUCGGUUGAGAGAAAUAAUAAAGAAAUGGGCAGUAUUAUUAACAAUAAGCUUAACAAUAUGGCUGAGAAAUAUUGAGAAAAGGCAGAAGAACAGUUAAAACAAAUGGAUAAGAAAAGUAAAUUUUGGAAGCCAAGUAAAGACCAGAAUACUGAUGAUUUAAUGAAAGAGAGCCAGGACAGAAUUUCAAAAGUUAAUGACAUAUGCACUCCUUUAGUUAACCAGAGCAAUGACGUUCUCUUAACUAAGUCUUUGUGAGCCAAAGGCUCACAAAGCUCAAGAGCGUAG